CCGUUCCAUUCCUGGUAGCGGAGAAACAGAAGGCGAUCCGCAACCCGCGGUGCCCCGCGGGCCCGGCCACCCAAUGAAACCCCCAAUUAAAUAAACCCCCUGGCCUCGCUAAUCACAUCGCAAUCUCGAGUAGCCGUCCCAAUCCUCGAUCUGUUCUCAAACCCUCCUCCGUCCGUCACAGCUCCAGAUUUCCUUCCCCAUGGCUCCGAUCAAGAUCGGCAUCAAUGGUUUCGGCCGGAUCGGCAGGCUUGUGGCCAAGGUUGCGCUCCAGAGCCCCGAUGUCGAGCUCGUCGCCGUCAACGACCCCUUCAUCACCACCGACUACAUGACCUACAUGUUCAAGUAUGACACUGUCCACGGACCGUGGAAGCACCAUGAAGUUAAGGUGAAGGACUCCAAGACCCUUCUCUUCGGUGAGAAGGAGGUUGCUGUGUUUGGAUGCAGGAACCCUGAGGAGAUCCCAUGGGCUGCUGCUAGUGCUGAGUACGUUGUUGAGUCCACCGGUGUUUUCAUCGACAAGGACAAGGCUGCAGCUCACAUUAAGGGUGGUGCCAAGAAGGUCAUCAUUUCCGCUCCCAGCAAGGAUGCUCCCAUGUUUGUCUGUGGUGUCAAUGAGAAGGAAUACAAGUCUGAUAUCGACAUUGUCUCCAACGCUAGCUACACCACUAACUGCCUUGCUCCUCUUGCUAAGGUUAUCAAUGACAGGUUUGACAUCGUUGAGGGUUUGAUGACCACAGUUCAUGCCAUCACUGCAACCCAGAAGACUGUUGAUGGUCCUUCCAGCAAGGACUGGAGAGGUGGAAGGGCUGCCAGCUUCAAGAUCAUUCCAAGCAGCACUGGUGCAGCAAAGGCUGUUGGCAAGGUUCUCCCAGAGCUUAACGGAAAGUUGACUAGAAUGGCCUUCCGCGUUCCCACUGUUGAUGUUUCUGUUGUUGAUCUGACUGUUAGACUUGCGAAGCUAGCAACCUAUGAUCAGAUUAAGGCUGCUAUCAAGGAGGAGUCGGAGGGAAACCUCAAGGGCAUUUUGGGUUACGUUGAUGAGGACCUUGUUUCCACUGACUUCCAGGGUGACAACAGGUCCAGCAUCUUUGAUGCCAAGGCCGGGAUUGCUCUGAACAACAACUUUGUCAAGCUUGUCUCCUGGUACGACAACAAGUGGGGAUACAGGUCAGUGGCACCUUCUAUGGCUCUUGCAGUCAUCGGACCACUGACCAAUUUACACUUAUUGUGACAGUCAGUUUUUGGCUUUCUCCACUGCGGUGCUUAACCAUGCAAGCUAGAAGCACAAUCGCAGUGGUUCUCCCUUUGCACACCUAGCCGAACAAAGCGGAACAUAGGAGGCAAGCACAGGAGCCCG